AUGGCGCUAGUCCCUGACUUUGAAGAACAAGGUAUAGAUGAUCUCAAGACAAUUCUUGUUCCAUUAGCACAUCAUUUGAGACCAAUGCUCCUCAAUUCAUGGAAAGAAAGAAGUAAGGUUGCAUUCACAGAAAAUGCAGAGAGAAUGAAAAAUUUACUAGAUAAUUUGCAACAAAGACUUGACGAGCCUCUCCUGAAUAUGCAGUUAUAUGAAAAAGCACUAGAUUUGUUUGAAGAUGACCAAUCAACUUCGGUGCUUUUACACCGACAUUUGUUAAGAACCACAGCUACGUCUAUGGUGGACACUCUCUUACUGAACUUGGUUCAUGGUAAAGCCCUUCAAGCUCCAGGAAGGGCCAUUUCAGUUGUCGUCUCUCAAUUGAAGAACCCUAGACUAUUUCACACCAUUUUCCCCGAUGUUUUGAAAUACAGCCAAAGAAAACAUUUUUCGAUCUUCAGCUGUAGGGAAGUAGAAUUCUCGGUUCCCAAACGCUGUCUUAAUUCACUGAGCUUAGCCGACAAUGGUUUUGUAGAUGAUGAGAGAUUGAGAAGCAGCGUCGUAAUGACGAACCUCGAUGUGGCGACUCUCAGAAACCUUUGUGUGGAUAUUGUUCUCAAUGUCCCCAAGUUGCCUCCCAAGUUGUUUCAGGAAUGGCUAGCUUAUAUGGAAGAAUUGUCCAAGUCACUUCUCGAUAAGGAUGUUGCCACCACUGUUCUUGGACAAUGUGAUGGAACUCCAUCAGUCAUUUUGUUUGGUAGACUUUGGGAGUGCCUGCGGUUUACCACCAUCAAGCAAUACUGGGAAACUGGUGGUAACUGCAAUAUGGCCAUAGCAGCAGCAAGACUGGGACUUCAUUGUGUUGCAAUUGGUCAUGUUGAUGUUCUUCAUGAUGAAGGAAUUGGUACGGUUGGGAUGAGUGACCUGAGUGACAAUGUUGACAGUUCAAGUGCUGCAUAUGAGACACUUCUAGGUUGGGUUUUGGUGGACCCUUUUCACAGACAUGGUUUUUGCAGUCAAGCAGAUUUUUGUAAAGAGCCUGCAUUCAGUUGGCUAAGCAAGCUAUCUAUUGAAGUAAAGAUGGCAAUUAAGCAAUCAAAGCUCCUGUUCUGCAAUGGUUAUGGCUUUGAUGAACUCUCCCCUUGUUUGAUUAUUUCUGCUCUGGAUUAUGUUGUUGAAACCCUAGUGAUAGGAACACUCGAAGAACAGAGAGCACUUGACAAGUUCUUGAGGAUGAGUGAUGUUCUUCUGCUAACGUCUGAGGAUGAAUCAUUGACUGGAAUAGGAAAUCCAAUACUGGCAGCCCAGGAGUUGCUCAGGAAAAGGGUCCGCACAAAAUGGGUGAUUGUUAAAAUGGGUGCAAAAGGCUCAAUUCUAAUAACCAUGUCAAAUAUAUCUUGUGCACCUGCAUUCAAGGAUCCUGAUAAGGAGUAUAGUGGCUUCAUUUUGCACAAAGGGACAUUAUUAUUUCCUACUUCAGAAGAAAUUGGUCUUUGUUUGCAAAUGAUCAAACUAUUUAAAAUGAGUCUUGUCCUUGCUUGA